AGCUUCUGAAGAGCACCCGUUUCGCCAACUUCGUCUUCGUCUUGGCUAUGUGUUCCUGAAACCUCACGUUUGCUUCGAUUCGAAGGGUCUCGCCGUCAAUUCGCACCGCUUCCGCUGAUAUUUAGCAGUGCUUGUGCCCUGAUUCGCAUUGCGAGCGGAGAAGCUUCUGGCACUCCCUUUGACUGUGGAGGAAAACCGCAUUGGAAUCGGUUGUUUCUCCAAGGAGAGAGUGAGAUCGGCAGUGGAAGGAAGGAAGGAAGGAUUGCGGAUUGAACAUGGCGACUCCCGCGGCUUCACACCCCGGCGAAUCUUCGGAUCCCAAGCCAGUUGCAAAGAAAGAUUUUUCUACUGCUAUUCUUGAGCGUAAGAAGGCUCCUAACCGCUUGGUUGUUGACGAGGCUGUGAACGAUGAUAAUUCCGUGGUAGCACUAAACAUGGAAACUAUGGAAAAGUUGCAGCUUUUUCGUGGAGACACUGUACUGAUUAAGGGUAAGAAACGCAAGGACACUGUGUGUAUUGUGUUGGCUGAUGACACUUGUGAUGAACCUAAAAUACGAAUGAACAAGGUGGUAAGGGCCAAUCUUCGGGUGCGCCUAGGAGACGUUGUGUCAGUUCACCAAUGCGCUGAUGUUAAAUAUGGAAAACAAAUCCAUGUCCUUCCAUUUGAUGACUCGAUCGAAGGAGUUACUGGAAACCUUUUUGACGCUUACUUAAAGCCAUACUUCUUGGAAGCUUACAGACCAGUUCGCAAAGGUGAUUUGUUCCUGGUGCGGGGAGGCAUGAGGAGCGUGGAGUUUAAAGUUGUGGAAACAGAUCCUGUAGAGUAUUGCAUUGUUGCCCCUGAUACUGAAAUUUUCUGCGAGGGCGAACCUUUGAGGCGUGAGGACGAGGAAAGACUAGACGAAGUUGGGUAUGAUGAUGUGGGUGGAGUUCGCAAGCAGAUGGCACAAAUCCGUGAACUCGUGGAGUUGCCUCUGAGGCAUCCUCAACUCUUUAAGUCGAUUGGAGUAAAGCCUCCCAAGGGUAUCUUGUUAUUUGGUCCUCCUGGUUCAGGGAAGACAUUGAUUGCCAGAGCUGUAGCCAACGAAACUGGAGCUUUCUUUUUCCUGAUAAAUGGUCCAGAAAUUAUGUCAAAGUUAGCGGGUGAGAGCGAGAGUAAUUUGAGAAAGGCUUUUGAGGAGGCAGAGAAAAAUGCACCAUCCAUUAUUUUUAUUGAUGAAAUCGACUCUAUUGCACCGAAGAGGGAGAAGACUCAAGGAGAGGUGGAAAGGCGAAUUGUAUCUCAGUUGUUGACUCUUAUGGAUGGAUUGAAGUCCCGUGCCCAUGUUAUCGUGAUGGGUGCUACCAAUCGUCCGAACAGUAUUGACCCAGCACUUCGUCGCUUUGGCCGUUUUGAUCGUGAAAUUGAUAUUGGUGUUCCAGAUGAAGUUGGUCGGUUGGAAGUUGUUCGUAUUCAUACUAAGAACAUGAAGCUUGCAGAUAAUGCAAAUCUGGAGAGUAUUGCCCAUGAUACUCAUGGGUUUGUCGGUGCUGAUUUAGCUGCAUUAUGUACCGAAGCAGCGCUUCAGUGUAUUCGUGAGAAGAUGGAUGUGAUAGAUUUGGAAGAUGACACCAUUGAUGCAGAAGUGCUUAAUUCUAUGGCUGUAACUAAUGAGCAUUUCCAGACCGCUCUUGGCAUCAGUAACCCCUCUGCUCUUCGGGAAACUGUGGUGGAGGUGCCCAAUACUACCUGGGCCGACAUUGGAGGCCUGGAGAAUGUUAAGCGGGAGCUUCAAGAGACUGUGCAAUAUCCAGUGGAGCAUCCGGAGAAAUUUGAGAAAUUUGGAAUGUCCCCAUCAAAGGGUGUGUUGUUCUAUGGUCCACCUGGAUGUGGAAAGACUCUUCUCGCCAAGGCAAUCGCCAAUGAAUGUCAAGCAAAUUUCAUCAGUGUAAAGGGGCCAGAACUAUUGACCAUGUGGUUUGGUGAGAGUGAAGCAAACGUACGCGAUGUGUUUGACAAGGCUCGCCAGUCGGCCCCUUGUGUCCUCUUCUUUGAUGAGCUAGACUCGAUUGCCAAUCAGCGUGGUAGCAGUCAAGGUGAUGCUGGUGGAGCUGCUGAUCGUGUCUUGAAUCAGCUGCUUACUGAGAUGGAUGGAAUGAACGCAAAAAAGACUGUAUUUAUUAUUGGUGCGACUAACAGGCCUGAUAUUAUAGAUUCUGCACUCCUCAGGCCUGGGCGUCUGGAUCAACUUAUUUAUAUUCCCCUACCAGAUGAAGCUUCUCGUUUGAGAAUCUUCCAGGCUACUUUGAGGAAGUCACCUGUAGCCAAGGAGGUGGAUUUGCAGGCCCUAGCGAAGUUCACUCAAGGUUUCAGUGGUGCAGAUAUUACUGAAAUUUGUCAACGUGCUUCCAAGUACGCUAUUCGUGAAGAUAUUGAGAAGGACAUUGAGAGGGAAAAGAGGAGGGCAGAGAAUCCUGAAGCCAUGGAAGAAGAUGUAGUGGAAGAACCUGCUCAGAUUAAAGCACGCCACUUCGAGGAAUCCAUGAAGUUUGCUCGCCGCAGUGUGAGCGAUGCUGACAUUCGCAAGUACCAAUCAUUUGCUCAGACUUUGCAGCAAUCCCGUGGGUUUGGAUCCGAAUUUCGAUUUGCUGAUCGCCCAGCCGCCGCUGCUGGAGCACCUCAUGCUGCAGAAACUACAACAUUUGGUGCUUCUGCAGAUGACGAUGAUUUGUAUAACUAGAUCUGUGAAUGUUCGGUGCUCCUCCAAGAAGCGGCCUUUAGACCCUUAGGCACAUAUUUGUACACAGUUUCUUCUUAUCCCUUCCCUCAAGUACUUGAAUGAGAAAAUUUAUUCAACUUAGUGUGAUUCAUAAACUUUGUUGCCAAUCAUUUUUGGGCGGUGCAGACUUGUGAUGUAUCUACUCCGGAAGAGAUUUUGAACUAGAGUGAUCUUCGUAAAACACUUUCGACUGAGAUUGGGCUUUCAUAUUGUUCUUACUAUUUAUGUCAGAGCAGUUGCUGCACCUAAUGGUGGAUUAACUCAAUCUGCUAGCGUCCACUUGGAAAACAUCUCCUUGUUAAUAGAAGUUUGGGGAUGUGCAAAUCUUAGUGUUUAGCCAAUAGGGAGUUUGAUUUAACCAACAUUCACUCAUGGACUAUUUGAACAAUUUGUUGUGGGAAAAUAAAGAAUUGCAGUCUUGGUAUU